UCUGAAGUAAUCCGAGGCAUUCCUUCGCUUGGUUUUUUGAGCAGGUCUGGAGCCGAGGAUCUGUUUUGUGUCUGUUUGCCAAGUGACUGGAGUGCUGCGUAAGACGCCGAGACCCGACCAGAACGACCGCUAGCUUUAGAUGAGGGCCGCCCAAACCUUUGUCAUGUUGUUCCUGCGACGGAGCUGAUCGGCCGUGCAUUCUGGACGAAGCUAGCCCAGCACUAGAGAAGACGUAAUUCGACCUCGACAGUGCUCCCCCGCGAAUCCUUCCAUAUUCGCCUAAUUCCGCCGGAGUGAUUACCAAUUCCCUGAAAAUAGAGAAAAAGAGGGAGAGGCUGUAGAAGAUGAAGGUACCAGAGGUACUCAGUGCCUUCCACACGAUGCCGACGUGCGACCGACUGGACCUCAUCUGCCGUCUCCUGCGUAUCUGUGUUCCAUACGAGCUCCGAUUCCUCGGAACGGUUCUCCUGGACGCCGCCCACGCCCAGAUGAAGAGCUUCUCGGCACUGGAGGUGGUGGCCAACCAGGUGAACCACUACUCAGGGUUCAAAUCUGGCGCCCUCACUCACGAAAUCUGCGAGAAGCUGUGCUGUGCUCUGGCUGUGGUCCACGCUCACAAUAACCCAGUGGCGGAGGCAGUGUGUGGCCUUCUUGACAACCCACAGGUUCUCCAGCUGUUUGACGAAACCAGUGACGUAAAGGUCCUCAACGACCUGCGACUGCUCUAUGUAAUGGCGGUCAACCACCCCGCACUGUCCUUUAACCAACGGCAGCAACUCCUCUACCGCUACCUCCAGAGAAUGGACUCAGUGUACAGGGGGAAGAGAAAGCUGCUCAACCUCUCCUCCUCAACUGAGUCAGGAGAAGCAGAUGGGUCAACUACGCUACGCAGGGAACCGGGGAGACAUGCCUUUGUGAUCUCCUGUGAGGUCCACAGUGUUUACAAGAGAGCUGACAAACGCUACCCCUACAUGAUCCAGGUGGAGUGGAGUGACGGGACAUCGUGUUGCGUGCGUAGGACUUACGGAGAUUUCUUCUCCUUCCACACCAAGCUACUGGACCACUUUCCAGAGGAAGGAGGACAGAAAAACAAAAAGGAGCGGAUGAUCCCGUUCCUCCCUGGCAAGUACAUUCCUCGACUUCUCACUAACAGCAGAGAGAUGGCCGAGAAGAGGCUUCCCGAGCUUCACAGAUAUGCCAAGGAGCUGCUGGUGUUACCUGAGAAGAUAUGUCGAUGUGAACAUGUCUCAGAGUUCUUAAGACCGCGACCACAGGACCUGCGAGAGGAGUAUCCUCCAGUGGAGAAAAUCACCAAUCUCUAUGACCUUCUGGAGUCAGGAAAGGCGAGGUUGCGGAACUACACAGACCCCUUAGUGGGGGGCAAAGGUUCCCCCCAGAUCCAGCGGCCCUCCCCCCUUCACCGAGCCUCGGCAGAGACCACACCUACUCAGUCUCGGACGGCACACACACUCCCUCACCAGUCUACCUCCUCCACUUCGCAGGCCAAGGAGGAAGCCGCAGGGCUGGAGAGACGGUUCACGUAUCCUUCUCGCCGCUCCGCCUUUACACCCGUCACCCCUCCCCAACAGCAUGAGACUCCGCCCACUUCCACCCACCUCACAAACUCACAACCUUCCAUCGCUAACAGCAGCUCAGCCUCUAGCACUGGGGAGUCAGUCUCCAUGGAAACGGUUGCCGAGGUAACAAAUACAGUGGAUUCCUCGGCUAAAGUUGUCACUACAUCCACAGCCUCAUUCUCCACACCCUCACAAGUCACCUCCUCACAGUCGUCAUGGGAACAAGCCGUUACCAUGGCACCAUCCACCUCAGCAAUCUCUGUAAUCUCACACCAUCCCACCAUCUCCACUGCCACCUAUUCCACUCCUCACACAUCUUCCUCCGCCACGUCCAAGCCGACAUCGACCUACGCACCCUCACCUUCGUCUUUUCCCCCUGCCCCCUCCCCCACGAAGCCCCUCCCCUACUUCGCUCACCCACACGUCGUACACAGACCCACCGUUGUCCCCUCCCCUCCCCCGCCCCUCCAAUUUGCCGGGAAGACGACCCCCAUUGGCGAGCUCUCCUAUUCCCUCCCACUCCCUGUUGGCCCGCCAAUUCCGUUCUUUAACCCCAUCAUCAUUGGCUACGGUUCCCCCAUCCACUCCCCCUCCCCCUCCCCUCUUACUCCAGGGGUACUCCGGGGUAAGAGCUCCAGCAACAUCUCACGAACUCCAACGGAGUACGAGAGUCUAACUCGCUGGCUCAAAAGCCUUCGACUUCACAAGUAUGCCUCCAUCUUCGAGAACAUGACAUUUGACGAUCUUUUAGCACUGAACAAAGCAUCUCUGAAGAAGAGAGGAAUGACUGAAGGAGCUGCUAACAAACUCGUUGGGAAGAUCGAGGAACUGAAGGCCCACAACUUCACAGGGUUUCGCGACAUGCCCUACAACCCUCGAAUGACUCGGAAACCCUCGACAUGCAGUCUCCCUGCGGCUCUACUGACAGAGAACAGGGUGACGACUCCCAGCUCAAGUGUCGACGGUCUCAGCCCCACGGACAGCACCUGCAGUCUGGACAAGGCAGCUCUGAUUGUGUCUCAGACCUCGGGCAGUAUGACAGACAUGUUCUACACACUGAACGGAGCCCAGAGUCCUGCUAGCUAUGACGUCGCUGUGCUGAAGGCCAUGACGGCAGGUCAAGGAGGCACGGGGAAGGACGGGACACUGAAGAGCUCAGUGGUGUCUCCUCCGCUGUCUGUAACGUCUCCCUCUUCUCCUCCCAUCCUGUCUCCCCCGGCAACCAGCGACGUGGAGUCUGACGUCUCCAAGUCGACACUCACUCGGAGCAGUGUGGGCGGGGCAGUGGGUGUGUCUAAGAGCUGGGCGGAUCGACUGGACGAUGCCGGGGAAGACGAGAGAGAGGCCCGUACUCCGGAGUGGGCUGUACUCCACCGAGACCCCGGGGUACCCCACUCCAGUACUCCGUCUCACCCCACAACAAAACAGGCUCAUCAUACUCCGAUCAACAAACGACACUCGGCUGAGCCGCCAGAUGGGUGGAGUCACAGUGACCCCAUGACCUCUACCAGAGCAUCCUAUCAUCCUCAGUCGUCAUCGUCUCGUAGUAUUCCGGGGGGUCAGACUGCAAACUGGGUUCCUAGACCCCUCCUGCAAAAUUCCCACCUCCCUGGGGGGCGGAGACACCGAGGACCCCAUCAAUCUGUGACUGCUCUGGGGGUAAACGGACUCCUCCCCACGCUACCUCCCGCAAUAGGGGUCCCCCAGGUUCUGCAGAGGCCCCCCUAUCUCACCUCGCCGGCUGGCUGUGGAGUGAUCUCCGCGUACCCUCCCAUUCUGAGUAAUCACAGCAGGGGCUCGGUCCAACCUCCCCCUCCAACUUGUUUCAACUGUGGGAAGAAAGGCCACUAUGGUGCAUCUUGUCCUGCUGAUACCAUCGACACCAAUAGCCCUGACAUGUUCCACAGGCAGUUGGAGAGGCUGAGUGCUUCACGUCAGAGCUCCUCAUCUCACAACUCCCACUGGCACACAUGACACACACCACAUUGUCACCCGUGCUCAUCACAAUUCACUCUCUGCCACUGGUUUUGUGUGCAUCCGUCCUUCAUCCUCACACAAAUUGAGUCUCACUCACAUGAAAUGAAAAACAAUUUUGCAAUAAUGGUGAUCCCAGGCAAAUGAGCCAGCACAUUGUAUAUUGUUUACACACCUGAAAAUAUUUGGGGUCGCGGUAAUUAUAUCAAUCAAGAUGGUGUGAUUAAAACAUUUCUACCACCAUUUCUCGGUAUGUAUGUGUUCCCGAGCUUGCCCACUGGCUUCCAGCCAGCGUGACGCAGUCUCUAUCAUCUCCAGAGGUCCACACACAUAGCUGGAGACCAGCCG